CCUCAAUAAUAUCAAAAUUUACUUCAAUGAGAAUAAGAUUACAAUUUUUUAUUUUUUUUUGAACACCAACAAAUCUGCUUCUUCUCUGGCUAUAAAUAAAGCAUAAACUGUUCCAAAAACAGAACCAAAAAAUAUCUAAAAUCACUAAACCUAUCUUCUUAACCAAAAGAUCAAUAGAUUACAAAAAUGCAGGGAGCUCUGUUUAUCAAACCAACUAUUCUUCUUCCUCUUCCUUCUUCAGUUUCUUCUCCAAAACUCACUUUUCUUCUUCCUCACGCAACCAAAGCUUCAAGACUCUCAUCUCUCAGAUCAAACAACUCAUCAUCAUCAUCAUCCUUAACGUCUGACCCUAACACCGUCGACUAUAACUCCUCCAUCCUUUCUGUUUUUCCAGCUGAAGCAUGCGAAGUAAUCAGUGGAUACGCUUGUUCUGCUGAUAUUUACCCUGAAGUCAAGCUCGAUACAAAGCCCGUCUCACGUCCCGUGGCUUCAGAGCCCGUUGACAGAGAAUACGAAGAGUAUAACAGCCCCAAAACGGUUUUCCGUGAAGAGGCCUGCGAUGAUCUUGGAGGAGAAUUCUGUGAACCUGACUUUCAAAAAGAUGCCAACUAGAAGAAACAAGAUUUUAUGUCAUGUGAAUAUGUGUUUGUAUUUCUACAAGUCUUUGUAACCACUCCUUAAUUUAUGAUAUCUAGCUUCACUACUUAAUCAAGAUUGAUGUUAUGGAUUAGACCCGAGUUCCCAAAGUUAAUACUCUCUCUGUUCCAAGUUAUUUGAUGUUUUGGGUUUUACACAAGAAUUAAGAAAAAUUAACUUUUAUAUUUUUAAUUAUUUUUUUGUUAGUUUAAUAAAUAUUAGUUGAGUAUUUAUAAUAAAUGACUAUAGAUUUGAAAAGAAUGUACAAACUAACCUUGAGUCACAGUAUCUUGUCGGAAACAUGUUGGAGAACACGUGUAAUUACGUAAAUGUCCUUUGUAACAUGUUAUUUUUCCGAAAUACAUGCGAUAACAUAAUAUCCUCUUUUUAUCUUGUUAUUUUCUCUUAUUACAUAGUAUUUGUAAAAAGCAC